AUGCUUUCUACUUCAAUAAUACAACGGCUAGUCCUAGUCGCUUCAGCUGUAAUUUCAGUUGACGCUUUCAUGUCCUCCAACCAAAUGCGAUCUUUCUCCAAGAGAGUCUCUGGGAUGAAUGGAAUCGCAGACCACAUUGACGAUGUGGCAAGUGAGAUAAAAUUCUUCAACGACACGGUCAUCGGAAGAAAUUAUGUUCUGGAAGACUAUGUCAAUGGUCCUGCCAUGAACCCACCAAAGUUUGAUGUUUCCAAACUGGAGUUUGUGUCCACCUGUGGCGCGGACGAUCCAGACGAAAGCUGCUCCGUCAAUGAGCUCUACAGCGACAUGAUUGAAGAGCACAAGACCGGUGAAGAAGACGAUGAAUCAUAUCCAUAUGUCGAUAUGAUUCGAGGUUCAGCACCCUACAUUGCCAACCAUCGAGGUGAAUUGGCGGUCAUUCAUGUGCCAGGAGAUCUGUUGUCAGGGUUUGACCUCAGCGACUUCAUGAAUGACAUUACUCUUUGUUGGCUAUUGGGUAUGAAGAUUGUGGUUGUGGUUGGCUGCCGCAAACAGGUUGAGGAACGUCUCAACUCGAUGGGACAGGAAUCUGCCAUUAGUGGUCAUACUCGAAUUACCUCCAAAGAGCAUAUGCGCAUUGUCGAAGAAGAAGCUGGCUUUGCCCGUUUCGAAGUGGAGCGACGGUUGCACCGCAGUUUGCGAUGCUCCCAGCUGUCUGCACAAACCGGCAAUGUUGUCAGUGGCAACUUUUUCAAGGCAUCCCGGUUUGGAAUUGUCAAUGGGGUCGACUUUGAAAGCACAGGACGUCCAAAACAACUGAAUGUCAAACGCAUUUUGGAUUAUCUAAAAUCCGGCGAAAUCGUCCUCAUGACAUCCGUAGGAAUCGACCUUGCUGGCGAUGUCCUCAAUGUCAAUAGUGAAGCCUUGGCUGCCUUUACUGCUGCAUCCCUAUGCGCCAACAAGUUGGUCUACUGUUCCAACACUGGAAUGGUUCUUCGAAACAAAGAAACCAAAAUGACCGUCCAAAACUUUCGUUCCAAGGAUGCUAAAAAAAUCUUGGAACAUUUCAACAUGGACAUUCGCAAAGAUUACUUCAUGUCCCAUGUGGACACGGAAGGAUUGGCAGGAGGAGCCUCCGAGAUGCUGGUCAAGAUUGGAUGGGCUUGCAAGGCCAUUCGCGACGGAGUCGAUCGUGCCCACAUUAUCGCUCCUUCCAAUGGUGCCCUGAUUGAAGAAUUGUUCACAGCCAAACAAGGUACUGGAACCUGUAUCAGUGAGGAUACCUUUGAGAGCGUCCAUCCAGAUGACGAUUCUGGUGACUUUGUAUCCGCCAACGAAUUUGCCGUCAACUUGUCAAAUGGGGUGCAGUCCGAUGAUGACCCAGAUUGGCCAGCCGAUGUUCCAAAAGAUACAUUUCCAUGGCAAGCACGUGCCGAUACUUUCGACUAA